AUCAGCUUGAAUUGGACUCUGCAGUUGUGUAAUGUGGAUAGGAGCAGAAUACUUGAUUGUUCAAGCAAAGCGGUCUAACAAACACAGAAUCAGUAGACAAGACCAUGCAGUUCCCGAUCAACUCUACUCUUAAGCCAGACUCAACUCCUUUGGCAAACCCAAGUGUUCUGUCGAACUCAACUGUGUCAUCCAACUCAACUCUUUUUCCAUCAGCUGAGGCUGUGCACUCCUAUCCCGAGUUCAUCUUUUUGUCUGUCAGUUUUUCCAUCCUGAUAGUCCUAGCAAUCUCCGGUAACAGCUUGGUGUUGGUUGCCGUGGCCCGGACCAAGAAACUUCAGAACGUCACCAAUGUGUUCGUCGUUAACCUGAGUGUGUCUGAUUGCCUGUCAUGUCUCGCAUUCAUAUGGAGCAUACCGGGCAUGGUGAGCACCACGCCGGGCUAUCCGUUGCAGCCAGACAUCCUGUGUGUGAUAUGGGGUGCUCUUCUUUAUGAAGGUUUUGGCUGUAGUGCGUACAACCUCGCCAACAUCGCCUUGAGCCGAUACAUUCUGAUCACCAGGCCUAAGGAGACUUACCAGUGGCUGUAUACACCCAAGAAGAUCGCCCUGAUGGUCUCGGGCUCCUGGCUCGUCCCUCUGUGCGCCAUCGUCAUACCUCCAUUAUGUGAUAUCGGUGAUCUUGGCUUUGACCCCAAGUGUCGUGUCUGCUCUGGUAUUGCAAUUCAUCCCUCCAACACCGAAUAUGACAUCAUUAUGAUGGCCGUGUGGUUCCCGGUACCGUGUGUCAUCAUUGUCGUGUCGUACCUCCUUAUUUGGCGACAUGUCAGACGACAUUUCAAGAACCGUCGACAAUAUAACAUCUGCCUUCAACCCUCUUCCGACAAGUCCGGCUUGUCUUCUUCAACACCAAAUACGAACAGUGAUGACAUGGAAGCUAGUGGCACUCAAAUCUCUGGUGUGCCCCUCCAACCAACUGUCAGCUCCUCCCAACACAACCUCAUCAAGAAGGACGAACUCGCCAUCACUAAGAACCUCUUCGUUGUCGUCUUGGCCUUUGCUGUUUGCUUUUUGCCCUAUGCCAUGAUGAUGGCCACGAACAGAGUUCGCUACCAUCUUUACGGUGCCCUUUUCCUGUUUGCCAGCGGCGGAUCCACUCUGGCCUUGUACUCCUAUCCUGAGUUCAUCUUCCUUUCAGUCGGUUAUUCCAUCCUGAUAGUCCUAGCAAUCGCUGGUAACAGCAUGGUGUUGGUUGCCGUGGCCCGGACCAAGAAACUCCAGACCGACACCAAUGUGUUCGUGGUCAAUCUCAGCGUGUCUGAUUGUCAUACCUGGCGUUCAUAUGGAGCAUACCAGGCAUGUUCCGGUAGGAGAAAAACUAAUGGCACCCAGAGGCACUUUCGAAGGACUGUCACUUUGAAAUCGAAAAUGGACGACAAUUACAGCAGCACGGUGACCAUGUUUCCCACAGACACUACCUAUUCUCCAGCCCCAAAGGCGAUAUACACCUAUCCCGAGCUGAUCGUCUGUGCCGUCGGUUUCUCCAUCCUGGUUUUUGUGACACUCGGCGGUAACAGCAUGGUGUUGGUUGCCGUGGCCCGUACCAAGAAACUCCAAACCGCCACCAACGUGUUCGUAGUCAACCUGAGUGUGACUGAUUACCUCACGGGCCUCGCUUUUCUGUGGAGCAUACCGGGCAUGGUGAGUACAACGCCUGGCUACCCGUUGCAGUCAGACGCCCUGUGUGCGGUAUGGGCUGCUCUGGUUUAUCUUGGUGUAGGUUGUGGUCUGUACACUCUCGCCAACAUUGCCCUGAACAGGUGCAUUCUGAUCACCAUGCCCAUGCACCACUACCAGUGGCUGUACACACCCAAGAAGAUCACCCUGAUGGUCUUGGGCUGCUGGCUCGUCCCUCUGUGCGCCAUCGUCGUACCUCCAUUGUCCGGUGUCGGUAGCCUUGGCUUCGAUCCCGACAGUCGAACCUGCACCGAUAUCGACUCCCACGAGAGAGCUCCUGCAUUCGACAAGAUCUUGUUCUCGGUGUUCUACCCGUUGCCGCUCGUCGUGGUCGUCGUCUGCUACGUCCUGAUCUGGCGGCACGUGCGACGCCACUUUAAGAACUACCGUCAGAGUGUCCGGCAAAGGAUGACGACUUCGCCAGCCAAGUCGUCCACCUCGACCUUAGACUUGGACUUGUCCUCAAGUUGUCCUCGUCUGCCGCCGCUCCAACACGCCGAGAGUUCCCGCCAGCUGACCCGCACCAAAAAUGAGCAGCUUUCGAUCACCAAGAAUCUCUUCGUGGUGGUUCUUGCCUUCCUGGUGUGCUUCACGCCGCUGGGUGUGAUGGUGGUUAUUGAUAGCAACCGCUACCAGCUGUACGCUGGAAUGGUCCUGUUCGCCAGCGGUAGCAUCAACCCUGUCAUUUAUGCCACCAAGCACCCACACUUCCGGCCGGUGUUGCGCUCAAUGCUUCGGGGUCGAUGUGUGAAAGAAUAACAGAAACUGACCACAACAAUCUACCCUCUCUGUUUUACAGCUUGCCCUGCAUAUUUCUUUUGAACCUUCACUUAAGGAACCUAUCUAGUUUGAAUUUCUUGAACAUUUAUCAUUUGGCAAUCUUAUGGCAAUCACCAAAGACAAGAACAUCAACCAAUGAUUCCCUUUAAAUUGUAAAUAUAAAUUUUGGUCUUUACAUCCCAUUAGAAUAGUGUACUUAUCUGUUUCUUUCGUAUAAUUAAAUUAUAACUGGUGUAUAUUUUGUUGCAACCAGGACACCUACAGCUGAAUAUGUUGUGUACAUAAUUCAACCUUCAAUAUUUUAUUUUCACACGCCUAAAGUCCUUGAGGAGUAGUUAAUGAAUGCGCCAUGGAACCUUGGCAAGAUGAAAUCUAGCAAAUCUAGUACUUGUACCCAGUAAGGAUUGACACACAUCAGGAAAGGAUGUCCUUGAAAUGGAGCUCGGUUCCAUGCCAGAUGGUUGCUCAACCGCCCUGUUGGUGGGCGCAGCCUUUAAAUUUACGUAUCAGUUCUACUGACAAAGGGAAGAUGAAUGUCUGAUAUGUACAUUGUACUUUUAGUUACUAUGAGAUUUCUUAAUGGUUCAAUUUUUCUCCUUGGAAGAGUGGAAUAAUAAGAGCAUUUGAAGUGAACAAGUAUUCAGGACAUUAAUUGAUUUGACGUACGAAAUGUAAGAAAAUAAGAAAAUAAAAAAGCAGUCUUUGUGUAUACACAGGUGCAA